UUAACAUUCAACACUGUUUUGUUUGACCCUAAUGCUACUGGAGUUCUCUUUAAAAUUCCAAAUCUUGAAGAGCUGGUGUUUGAUGAAUGUGAUGGCACUCAUAAUUUUGUGAUCAGUGCUCCAAAGUUUAAAAGCCUCACUUUCACUGAGUGUUCGAAGGUUACUGAUUGGAAGUGGUUUGAGCUUCAUGUUCCAGUGAUUAAGACUCUUCACUUAUCCUAUUCUUUUGCGUGGGGAGAAGAUGAUCCAAGUAUUUUGGAAAAUUCAGACAGAUGGUUUAGUGAUCAAGAUCUGUGCCAGCUUAAAACAGUUAGGAUGAAAGAAUUCAGAGGAUCAAGAGUGGAAAUGCUCUUGAUCAAGAGAAUCCUUUCGAAGGCUCCUGGGCUUGAGGAAGUUGUUAUUAUAGAAUCAUAUUAUUAUCGUGGCCCUCCGGCUCUCAAAAUCACAAAGGAGAUGAUCAGAUUCCCUCGCGCGUAUCCAAAAGCACAAAUUAUCUUCUUGGAAACCAAAUAAAGCUGUAAUGGAUAUUAUUGGAAAUCCAAAAGCACAAAUUAUCAGACCGGUUGAUUUGUUCCUGGAUAUUAUUAGGCCAUUUGCAGCAGUUUAGAAUGCUAGCUCCAUGGUUUCUGGUUGUGCCAUAUAAGAGCACAGAAUUUUGAUCACUGGUUUUGUUAGAUAAUUUCCUUUGGUGACUGAAAGUUUCUCUGAUUUUAUUUUCAUGGUUGAAACUUGAAACUUAUGUGCUCUCAAAAUUCGAGCAAUUUAUUUCCCUUACCUUAUCCUAUUUACUGAUUGUCAUCAAAUUACAUCCUAUUUCUUUACCUUUUAUCAAAACAAUGACUAGCGUUUUGUAUGUGCAAGAGCUCAUGUCAAAUAUAAAUUGAGUGAAU